UGCAGCAGCAGCAGCAUGAGCAGCUUUGCCGACGCCGCCAAGCAGCUCGCGUCGAUGACGACGACGGCCAAUGGCGCGCUCUCGCACGCAUCGACCUCGAGUGCCCGCGUCGACUUGUUCUCGGGUGUGCUCCGGGGCACGGAAGAGGCGCGCAUCCAGUCGCUUCUCGCCGCGUCCUACAAGGAAGACGCUCUGCACACGCUCAAGAUUGUGGCCUACUUGCGCGACGUUCGCGGCGGCAAGGGCGAGCGCGAAGCCGGGCGCCGGGCGCUGCAUUGGCUCGCUAAAAGCUACCCCGACGUGCUUUCGCACAACCUCGCGCACUACGUCAGUGUGUAUGGCCGAUUUGACGACCUUCUCGCCGUCAUGGGCACGCCGUUGGAGACGACGGCGCUCGGUAUUUGGGCCGACCAGCUCCGCAACGACCUCGACAACAUGCGCAAGGACGAGAAGCAGCCCGUGAGUCUCUGCGCCAAGUGGGUGCCGUCCGAAAAGAAGGCAGCCGACAAGAAGACGCGCGUGCACGCCAAGCUCGCCAAGGUCAUGGGGCUCUCGAGCGCCGACCUGCGCAAGACGUACCUCUCGCCGCUGCGGGCGCAUUUGCAGCUCCUCGAGCGCCACAUGUGUGCCAACGAAUGGGACAAGAUCGACUUGAGCGCCGUCCCGAGUGUCGCGAUGCACAUCCACGGCAAGCCCAACCACGCGUUCCAGCGCCAUUUGCCCGAGACGUUUGCGACCUGGAAGGCCGGCUUGAAGACGGGCGAGACCAAGGUCAACGCGUCCGUGCUCUUCCCACACCAAGUCGUGUCGCAGUACUUUGGCCCGUACGACGCCAUGGCCACCGAUGUUGACCCGCUUCUCGAGGCACAGUGGACGGCGAUGGUUGACCACGCCAAGGAGCUUGGCACGCUGAGCCGCACGGUUGUCAUGUCGGACGUCUCGGGCUCCAUGAACGGACUGCCCAUGAUGGUGUCGCUCGCGCUCGGCAUCCUCGUCUCGUCGCUGGCCGCCGACGAGUACAAGGAUCUCGUCAUGACGUUCGACUCGACGCCAACCUUCUUCCACGUGCAAGGCGACUCGCUCUUGGCCAAGGUGCAGUGCCUCGCGGCGGCACCGUGGGGCGGGUCGACCAACUUUGUCGCGGCGCUCCGGCUCAUCAUUGCCCUUGGCGUCGACAAGCAGAUUGCCCGCGAGAAGAUGCCGCAAAAGCUCAUUGUGAUCUCUGACAUGCAGUUUGACGAGGCCGACAACGCGUUCGAGACCAACUACGACGUGCUGAAAUCGGAGUUUGCCGCCGCGGGCUACGACGUGCCGCAGGUCAUCUUUUGGAACGUGAACGGCAGCAGCACGGACUUUCCGACGCUGAGCUCGGAAGCCAACGUGUCGCUCAUCUCGGGCUACUCGCCGAGCGUCAUGAAGGCGGCACUCGCAGGCACGAGCACGAGCCCGCUCCAGACGAUGCUCACGGCGAUUCUGGACGCGCGCUACGACUUGAUUACGCUGCCGCCGUCUGAUGAUGACGACGACAUGGAGAUUGUCUAGUGUUUUAUAAACAAUGUUUCUAUUUAUACAAGGAUUAUCCGGA